AUGGACCGCAAGCAGUGUGUGGCGCUUGUGCGGUCUUGUAAGACUCUGUGCGAGGCAAAAAAAAUCCAUGCCCGGGUUACACUAGUGACGGGCUGUGACGUUUUCGUCGCCAACAAGUUAGUUGAGAUGUACGGCCGGUGCGGGAGCGCAAGCGAUGCUAGGCGGGUGUUUGACGGGCUGCCGUACAAAGAUUCCUUCUCUUGGAAUCUCAUGCUGACAGCAUAUGCUCGGAACGGGCAUCUGCGGGAGGCAAAGCGGCUGUUUGACGUGAUGGUUGAGAGGGACAAGAUCUCUUGGACGGUGAUGUUGGUUUUGUUCUCCGAGAAGGGCUUUCUGAUCGAUGCGGCUGAUUUGUUUUACAGAAUGCCAGAAUGGGAUAUUGUAGCGUGGAACUCGAUGCUUUUAGCGCAUGCCCAUUACGGGCAUCUAGAUGAUGUUCUUCAAAUUCUUUACGAAAUGCCUGAAUGGGGCGCGGUCUCCGUUAAUGCGCUUCUUGUAGCUUACAAAAGCCACGGCUGUCUCGAUAAGUGCUUUGAUAUGUUCGAUUCUCUGCCAGAAAGAGAUUUGAAACUCUGGAGUGCGAUGCACUCGGCAAUUGCCACUCUUGGGCAUCCGGAACAAGUCUGGAACUUCUUUCAUAAGAUGCCCGAGUGGGACUUGGUAUCUUCAACGACGAUGCUGGCUUCUCUGUCUCAAACUGAUAAGCUCCACAAAGCAAAUAGAAUCUUCCAAAUGAUGCCCCAGAAGAACAUAGUUUCAUGGACAGCAAUCAUAAACGCCCACGUCCGCAGUGGAGAUUUGCACCAGGCAGCCACCUUGUAUGAGUCAAUGCCCGAGUGGGAUUUGGAAUCCUCCACAGCCAUGAUCACGGCAUAUGCUGAAUACGGAGCCGUAGCACGGGCCAAAUCUGUGUACGACAGCAUGAAAGAAAGGAGCAUGGCCUCGUGCACAGCCUUGUUAUCUGCGUACAGUCAUGCCGGGGAUUUGGAAAAUGCCGUGAGAGCGAUGGACUGGAUGCCGGAGCACAACCAAACAUCGUCGCUAACAAUGGUUCUGGCAUUUGCCCGGUAUGGGCAUCUGGGCGAUGCGCAAACGCUGUACGAACAGAUUCCGGAACGGAAUGUGGCGGCAUCGACGGCCAUGGUCGCUGCCUUUGUCUACGCUGGCCACGUGGACGGUGCCAGACAGACCUUUGACAGAAUGCCUGAGGCGGAUCUGGUCGCGUGGACGGCCAUGAUUGCAGCGUAUGCCCAGAGUGGUCAUUCGUCGAGCGCGAUUGAUCUCUACAAUGCGAUGGUGAUGGUGGAGUUCCCGGAUGGAGUGAGCUUCCUGUCUCUUUUAAUUGCUAAAACCCACGCAGGCAAGACACGGGAGGCAAGAGAUUGCUUUGUCUCGAUGGCAUUUGAUUAUGGGAUUGCUCCCACCAAGCAGCACUACUGCUGCGUGCUUGAUCUCUUGGGCAGGAGUGGACGACUCGGAGAAGCGAGAGAUCUAAUGGAAACAAUGCCAUUUGUGCCAGAUGCGCUCGAAAUGAGGUGUUUCUUGGGAGCUUGCAAGGCGAGGUGGAAAGAAUUUGUAAAGUAUGGCGCAAAGGAGGCUAUAGAAUUCGAUCAUAGGGACCCCGCAGCGUAUGUAAUAGUAGCAAACGCUCUCACAAAUUAA